CGGCCAUGCUGUUGUUUCACUUCUACUGCUCCUGAACUUGUAUCUCCUCGGCAUCGAGGGGGGCUGUGGCCUGGCAGGGGUUGAGAGGGAGGCGCGGCGGGGCCCGAGGCCGGCUGGGAGCGCGUUUCGUCCUUUUACGCCCGAACCCGCCGCUUGGUCCCUUGGCGCUGACAGUCGCGCUGGGCUGGGCCCCCGCACCUGCGGGUCCAGCGAUGAGCCGGGCAGACGUGGCCAAGUGAGCGGCGCCCAGCGGUCAGACCCGGGCUCGGAAGUUCAGACGUGAACUAUGAACUUGAAGUUGGCCCCUCAGUGGUGAGAUCCCCUGCUGAACAUCGGAACAGCAAGGGAAUUAGGAAAAUGGCCUGCACGUACUACAGAAGUGGGAUCGCAGAGUAGAACCCACAGAUAAGUUCCUCUUCGUCUUUUUAAGAAGUCGAGGCCGGCAGAAAAAUCGGUUACCCAAGGAUCCGGGAUGCACGAUGAUUGGAAGCUGCGCAUACAUACCGUAUUACCAAUAACACGCAGGUACAAACGUGACUGGAAGCCAGCCCUACCCUUUGAGUGAUUCCAGAAAGUGGGAGUUGAAAGCCAGAUAAACCAAACAACUGCAGCAGAUGCUGGAGCUGCUGGUGCUGGAGCAGUUCCUGAGCAUCCUUCCAGGGGGAGCUCCGGACCUGGGUGCAGCUCCAUCAUCCCGAGAGUGGCCAGGAGGCUGUGGCCAUGGUGGAAGAUUUCCAGAGACACCUCAGUGGACCAGGAGAGGUUUCAGCCUCAGCACAGAAACAGGAAGUACGUUUGGAGGAGACAACAGCCCUGGAUGCAGCAGAGGAAUCCCCUACCCCACCCCUCGUUGGCGGCUCGGCCCUGGAGCCCACCUGGAGCCUCUUCGUGACGGAGGGGCACAGCACCUCCCCAGCAGGCACUUCGAUACAUUUGACUCUUGAUUACGCUAUUUCCACAACAAGACAAGAAACAAGUAAAAGUUGUUUCCUUGUUUCUCUUGGCAUCAGGUGAAAACAGGAUGGAGAAUUCAGAGCUCCCUGCAAAGGCCAUUUCUAAGCCAUCGGAGACACCUGAGAGGUCAUCCGAGGGCCUCCUCGGGGUGGCUCCCAGACCGGACGCUGGCGAUGGCUGUGAAGAUGCUUUAGAGCAGCUGGGAGGGAGGCCCUUGGACGAAGGAGGGAGUGGAUUGGAAAGUGAGUUCCUGGAAAUAACAGACGAGGAUAAGAGUCCCACAGAAGACAGGUGUGAGGAGUAGGUGUGUGGGAAGGGGCGCCCCAAUCUGUCCUCCGGGCCCGCUCAACAUCUAGGCGUUCCGAGGGGCCGGAAGUGCUGUGAGCGUGACGAGCGUGGGAAAGUGUUCCGUCGGAGGCCACGCCCCCUCGGCCCCCGGAGGAGAGUCCGCAGUGGGGAGAAGCCGGCGAGU